GCAACCUUAUCGUCAAAAUUUCAAUCAAACGAGAAUGCGGUUGUAGCAAGUUUGCUAUUUUGGAUUUCUUCAAUUCAAUUCACCGCUUUAUUUUUUGCACAAAUGGUUGGUCUGUAUCUGAGGACGUACGAAAUCAAAAAUCCUCUACGGUUUGCAUACAGAGAAAACUUCGACCUAUUUAACUACUACACGCUGAUAUUGCCAACAUUAUCGACAGUUUACUUCAUGAAAGUAAAGCAACGACGGAUCAGAGAUAUCACAAACAAUGUGAAUAUGACAGCAAUAGGGGUCGAUGGAUGGAAGAAUUACUCAACCGUGAUCGAAAAGCAAUGGAAUUAA